GACGUCGGUUAGUCACUGGUAAGACGUGCGCCGCGACGCGAGAUAUUUUGAUACAGCACGUUCAACAUGUAAAUUCCGAAACACUCCAGUUUAUAAAAACAAACUCGUAAAAAUAGCUCGGCGAACACUUUCAACAUUUUUAAUUGUAUUUAAAAAAAGCGUGCGUGAAUGUCUAGAAGCAAAGUUUCCCUAACAUCCAGAUGCCCGGAUAACUGCACAGCAUCCGAAUCUAAAUAGAGAAUCGCACUGUAAAUGUUGCUCAAAAAGUGCAAGCUUUCAGCACCCUGCUCAAAAAAUAGAAUAUGAAGCAAACCAGUGGAAAAUCAGCCUGAACCAAAGCAAGAUGAACGAUAGUCUUCACACCGCCAAUGACACGACCAAGAAACCUCCAAAAAAGCCAAAACCCCUCAAACUGCCGACGCCACCUCCUGAUCCAUGGAAUGAGCCUUCAACUUGCCCUAAAACGCCGGGCAAAGAGGACAAUGGGGAGGAAAAAUGCAAGGAAAAACGAUCCUUGAGUGGCGUGACUGAGAACGACCGGGAGAUGUUUGAGUACAUUGAGUCGCUGCAUAAAAGCGUGUAUUCCAGAUCGACUAGUACUUUUGCCCCUGCGAUUAUCACUGAAGAGGCUUUCGACCAUCUGGAGAAGCUCUAUAAGCUGAUGGAGCAGAUGCUGGAGCUGAGAGAGCAAAAUGUGAAGCUGCAUAGAAGAAUUCGAGACUUGGAGCAUCUGAACAACCUGGAGAAGCUGAGUGGAAAUCCAGAUGCAGUGGAAGAAGAAUAUCCGGACUUGGAAAAAGACACCGUUUUUGCUGAGACUCUUUUGGACUCCAUCCUACAAGAUCCUAAAAAUAAGGAUCUUCCAAAGUACAAGCAUUUGCGAACCUCGUUGCUGCGAAGGCCGCGAAGCGUUUCGGCCACUGAUCGGCCGUUCUUUGAGCAGGCACUUCCAGGGGAAAAGGACGAAAAAGACCGGGCGGAAAAUGCCGAAAAAAUGGACAAACAGUCUAAAGUCUCCAAGUGGACUAAAGUGAAAGCAGCGUUUAAAUGGGAAAAAGCCUCAAAUGUGGGCGACAGCAAGUCUCAAGACAGUGGCAUUCACGUGCCGCUUAACUAUGAAAUCGCGCGUUAUCUUCGAGUGCCGUCCACCGGUGACGAAAUGGGGCACAGCCCCGGAGAUUCUGGGGCUGGAAUCUCCACCCCUGGGACAAUCAGCUCGGCAUCCUCCAAUGACGACCUGCGACUUGGAAGGCAGCAUUGUGAAGACUUUAGAAGUUCUGAUGACGAGAAUCCACACCACUACAUUCCACAUUCAAAGGACUACCGUCAGAAGUCCCAAUCGCAAAAGUACCAUCGAACUCCUUGGGCCAAAAUGAAAGACAUCAUCAACACCAGAAGUAGCGUCAGGAAAAAACAUCGCCUAUCUGCUGCCAGUGACGAUAUUCAAAUCGAUGUUGAGUUCUGCAGCGACAAUGAGGACGUGUUUGAAGCCGAAGACUCUGGAAACAAAAGUAGCAUCAUCAGUCACCUUUUAACUGAUUUUUCAACCGUUUUUCCAGGUACAAACAUUUCGCUUUCGCCCUCUCCAAACGUCUACAGCACUUCAAGCGUCAGCCCUUGUGGCAGUGAAAUUCCUCAAGAAAUCGUUGAAAGAUAUCAGCGCGCUUUGGUUGAAGAUAGUACUUCCGAUUCUGAGUCAAGAUCAUCCAGAUGGACGCGGAUACGGAAAGCGUUUUUGACUCGCGAAUCUCCGCACAGUAGAUCGAUCAAGACCUCUCACUCAUCCUCACAGGGCAAGGACAAGCUGGAGGACAGCCCCACAGAGGAGGAGAUUAGGAGGAAUUACAAAAUCCUCCAAAAGAAGCUGAGCUUGGAGUUUCAGGAAAAAAUCGGCGAAUGGGAGCGACUGAAGCAGAAUUCGCCAAGCUCUCCUUCAGCUUGCGGCUUCAUGGACGACAAUCGCGACCCGUUUUACCUGAAAAAGCUCGAAGAGCUACAGAAAAUAAAAAGCCAUUCUCCCACCAGCAAGCACAGACGAGUUCGGAUGACCAGAGAGUACGAGCUUCCAGCCGACUUCAAAAAAAAGCUGCAAGAGUGGGAAAAAAUCAAGAAAACCAGCGGCGGCAGCAGAAAACGGCUGGGAGAAAUCACCAAAUGGAAAAGCCUCGGGGGACCCAGGCCCACUGAUCAUUCGCCGGCUUUUGAAUAUCCGGCCAUGUCGGACGAGUUUCGCAAAAAACUGGAAGAAUGGCGAGAAAUUAAAGCAUCAGGUCGGCCACUUUCCUAUGCGGAACACAAAAAAAUGAAGGACCGAACCCCCAGUCCCAAGCUAAGCAGGAAAAACUCCUCGACGAAGCAGAAGAAGACGAAAGACACCAGCAAAGAACUGCAUUGGUUUGAGAAGGAAAUCGGCAAAAUCGAGAAGGAAAAGCUGAGGCUGGAAAGGGAGAAGCAAAAGUUCAUUGACCGUGAAGAAAGGUUGUCUAAGUUGCGCAGAUCCAUGAUUGGGGCGCCAGCCAAGAAGGAAAUUCUCAUCCACACCCCAUCAGGAUUCCAUCGCUUUGAGGGCAUUUCCAGAAAAUUCACCCAGAAACUCUACGAAUGGGAGAAAUCCCAAGGAAUUGCUCCUGAGGCCUCCACGUUUGCCUUGCUAUCAGCCUCAAACUAUCCAGCUGAAGUGGGAGCAUCUGCACCUAAAACCAAGAGCCCUUCUGCUCAUCACUCAUCAGCACUUCCUCGCUCGAAAUCGGCCGAUAGCAUCGCAAUUUCCGCCCUAAACCUCACAUGUCCGCUCCUUUCUGGCCACCCAUCCUCCCUUUCCCUAAACGAUAUGGAGGAUCUGGAAAAGGAGUGCAUGAAAAACUCGAAAUCCUCUUCCAUGCAAUAUCUGAUCAGUGGCGAAGAUUACUAUCUAGAUGACGCGGACGAACCAGAAGCCGUCUUGGUGGAAGUUGAAGAUUAUGAGGAGGAAACCACCGAACCCUUACACAUCAGGUGUGUGGAUAAGCAUCAGCUGCCAGUCUAUCAGCGGCAGGAAUUCAAGUCUCUAUGCGAAAGCGAGACGAUCGUCGUUCCAAAGGUUCGGAGAUCCGAAUCAGCAAGAGCUCAAAUAAACUACGACCUGAUGGAGAACAUAGUGAAGUUGUUAACAGAGUUGCAAGUUACUGAGGAUGAAAUUCGGUGCCUUGCAGAGAACAAAAACAUUCUGGAGGAGCAAAACAAGAAAACGUUCAAGUUUUUAAACGAAUUGCAAAACCAGUCCGUUAAAAAGCUGAUCGACGGCUUGUCGAAGCUGAAAGAAGCCAAUCGAGCAUUUGCGAAAAAUUACAGAAGAGACGAGAACAGAACUCACGCCACUUUGGAGGAGACGUUUGAAAAUGUGCAGGAUAUUUCUGACGAAAUGCUGCAGAUGACUGACCAGAUUAACAAAAUCGUCCUCCAUCGUACUGAAGAAGAUUGCUAUUCAUUUCGUGGCACGACCUUCGAGCAAAUCAGGGAAAUUCGCGGGAAAAUAGCUGAGCUGCGGCGCCUCCUCAGCUACAUUUGUGCAGCGACCGAUCUCACCAUACCCUCGAAAAAGAAACUCAGCACCACCAAGUCUGAGACCAGUAAAACUUGGUCGAAUGACUCUAGGGAAAGCAGAGGAGGAACCAGUGAUGAAGUGUCGCGGAAAGGAAGCGAGAAAGAGCGUCGAUUCAUUAAGCUUGAAAGUGGAACAAAUCUGUCGGCCAGUCAAGGAGCUGUAAAAAAGCGCAUUCGUUAUCGACAGAAGAGCUUGAAAAAAUCCAUGAUGGACUCGGAUGACGAGGAAUCCGAGCCCCCAAAGAACGUCCGGCAGCACAAGAAACUUGCGCGAGCCAGAUCGGUGUCUGAAGGGGCUGCGCCCCCCAAGUUCGACCCCAAACUUCUCGCUCCUUCAGCAAAAGAAUGCAGCACUUCUGAGUCCAGAUUUGAUUCGUCUCCUACAGAUUCAGCCGUGACAUUAUUUGUUAAAACCACCAGGAAGCUGUUCACUCCCAUAGUGGAAACUUCCCUAGGAAAACCCUCUGCUGAACCAAAGAGUGCACCCAAGCCUCCAGGAUUGACAGAAGAUCCUGUUAAGGAGGGGGCAGUUUUGGCCAAUGCAAAAGUGGAGGCUCUGAUGACAUUGCCACCUCUUCCACCUUCACCAGUUCCACAGAGGAAAGUCUACAAAGAGGUGUCUCCCAGCAUCAAGCUGAUUAUGGCAAAGUACAAUCAAAGCCUGGAGCAGUCGGCAGGAGUUAAGUCUGGUGGAUCCAGCGGCUCGAACUCGCCCAUUGCGUGGAGAUCGCCCGUUUCUGAGAGGAGAGUGAGAGUUCGGACGGAGAAGUAUCAGGAGGAGUUGCAGAAACUGUCCCCUUCACUCAGUGAUCGCCAUCCAGUGCAGAAAUCCUCUAGCGCGAGCACCAUUUCAGCAUCAGCAAAGCAAGUGACGGUUCCCGAAAGGAAGACUUCUCUUGCUUUACCCUCUAACAGUUUUAAACCCGAUAAAUUUGAUCCUCCGAAGCCAAACUUGCUGCUGGAUAUUUCCCUGGCCAAUUCCAGGGGUGAGCAGAGCAGCUUUUCCCCCGAAAUCCGAAUGAGAAAGCUGCAAAAGGCCAAGGAGGAGUUUAUGAAAACCCCCAUAUCUGCACCCUCCUAUUUGAGUGAAGAUGUCCUACAGUUCCCCCAUAGAAAUAGGUUAAGUCAAAUUAGUGUGGAUAGCGAAUCCAGCAUGGAUCCUCAAAGCCUGCCAGGCUCGCUGAUAAAGUCUGCAUCUGCAGGAAUGAUCAAUAUUGAACCGGAGGUUUACAACAGGAUUAAGCCGGAGUAUCGAGCAGAGGGAUAUGUGUCGUUGCCACGGCAAGGCAAAAAUCCCAAACAAGGCAAAUCAGCAUUUUCCAGCAUCGCAUCGAAAUUCCGCAAGGUGAAGAUGAGAAGAGGGAAGGAUAAGGACAAGCAGGCAGUGGCCACCUUAUGCAGACAGAGCCUAGUUGUGGAUAUAAGUAAUGAUAAUGAAGACAACGGUGCAGGAGGGAAUGGGGAAGAUCGAGUCAACCACAAUGGGGACUUACAGAGGGAAAACACUCCAAGGCGGGACAGCCGGGACGAAAAUAGUGGCUCGGUUUCUUCGACAGUAUCGAAAAGCAAUUCCUGGAUCAAAAGGUCGCUGUUUAAAAGAUAAUUCAAUGGGCCCGUUUUUUGUGUUGGAUUAAUGAAUUUGGGCUGGGAAAAGUGAGUGUCCUUUCACUUGUUGAACUUAUUUUAGAUUUAACUUCAUGUUCACGUGUUACUAAUGCCAAUAUUCAUGUGCCGAAGUCUUUGUUCUCAAAAUUACUUUUAUUACUCGUGAUUGUUGUUUUAUAUGCAAUAUAUUGUAUGUUUUUAUUACAAA